AAUGAAUUUUAGCCAUCUAGUGUUCAAAAAGCCAACUUCGUGUUGCAUGCAAUGACGCCGCCUUGUGGUCCGCUAGCCCAGCUGCAGUUUGAUUGAAUUCGAUCAGAUUUGCUGCAUGUGACAUGGAGCCAAGGAUGUACAAAAGUGGGGAUGUUGUCUGGGUCCUGGCCAGCAAGAGACUCGGCUGGUGGCCUGGCCGUGUCGAAAACGUGGAGGAAUUGCGUCAGGAGUUGGUGGGAGAUGUAACGGACAAAACCAUCGCUGUUGUCAAAUUCCUGAAUGAAGACAAUUAUCAGUUUGUGGAAGAUGAAACCAUCAUUUGUGCCUAUGAGUCAAACCGGAAGCAAGAAUACAUAUCCCUUGGAAUGAAGAAAUAUUUUGAGAAAAAACGACUAAAUGAAACAAGCAGUCCUUUCAUGAAAUUUGCUGACAGUAUCAGACAAGCUGAGAAAUUAAUUGGUGGUAAUCCAAAUAUGGUUGAUGAUGAAAAAUUUCAACCAAAAAAAGCUGUACCUGCACAGUCUAAGUACAAAAAUAUUUUCGUUGACCCACGCGUAAAGGAAGCGAAAACAAAAUCUCCUGUUAAAGGAACAACCCCACGUCGCCCUGGCCGCCCAACUGCCAAAGAAGCUAUUACACCUAAAGUCAAUCAUCCUCGCUUUCAGGGUCAGUCAGAUCACGAAGUCAGAAUUAGGAGGCAAGAAAAGUCACCUCUUGCAGGAAGCCCAGGUGUCGGAGAAUACAAGUGUGACAGCUGUACAUUUCAGACUUCCCGCUUAAACCUUAUGGUCCUCCAUAAAAAAUCUGAACAUUUGAGCAACUCAAGCUCUUCCAACACUAUCACCACCAAGCAGAAGACAGCUCAAAAAAGACAGAGUUCCCCAACAAAGAAACCCGCUAGCAAACGAAGUAAAAUCAUCGCGGAACCCGAUGGUGACCUUUUCGACCAAGUAAAGCGAAACCUGGAAUCCAAAGAGAUCGACAGCAAACCUUCUCAGUCAAGGACGUCUGCAAAAACCCAGGCGUCGCCAAAAACAGCCAAAAUGCCGAAAACAGCCAAAACUCCUAAAACACCACGUACACCUCGAUCGGGAAAAGCUUCAGCCACUGCAACAUCGGCAAAGAGUCCAAUAACUAAACCAAGCGAGAGUAAGACACAGUUCAAUCCGAAAAAGAAGUGGCUAAAAUCCCUACAAAAAGAAGCCAACCCCGAAGUUAAAAACAAAUUAAUGGCCGACUGGGAUGAAGAUGAUGAAGAAGAGAAGCAACAACAGAACAAUCAGACUGGAAUACCUUUGCAUCCAGAAAAGGCUAAGGAGAUAGAAGCCGAAAGUGAUUCGGACAGCGAACUUCGGCCAUCCAAGUCGGACCUGCUUCACCAGAGAAGCGACGACGAAGAUGAAGACGAUGCGAUGGAAACGGAGCCGCUGAAUAUCAAAACUCCUGACAAAUUCAACGAAGGCGAUGCUGAGGCCUCCAACACGGAAGAAUCGUUAAUAGCUGGCAUCAGCGCUGAAAUCGACAAACUUAAUGCAGAUCUAGAUGCCACACAUCGUGAGGCAAGAAGUUUAACUCUAAACGGAGAUUCGAACUCUACCGACAAACUAUCCCCGAAAAAAGAAACGAUUACAACCAGCGUAAAUGGGGUUGCACAAUCAUCACCUGAUACUCCAUCGAAAGGCGAAGAGGAGAUAAAGCAAGAUGUUGCAUCUCUUCUAGCCGAAACGAGUGUGCCUACCAUCCCAGACAUUACCGAGCUUAGUAAAGCAAUUGAAAUCGACAAGAGCAAGACCAGUACAACUCCAUCAGAGAUCGAAGAACUCAAAGAAGAUAUCGAUCAAGGGGUUGCAAACAAUGAGCCAGAGAAAGUCGAACUAGAGCAGCCAAUGGAUGAGGAGGAAAUCAAUCAAGUGGUUGAGAACGAGGCCAAGGACGCAAAUCCACAUCCUUCGUUGGCAGAAGAAAAAAUGGAUCAAUCUGUUGAAGGUGAAAUGGAAAAGGCCAACCCAGAACAGAUAGUUGAAGAAAAAGAAACAUGUCAAUUAGAAAAGAGCAUCGUCAAACCUAUUGAAAAUGUGGAAGCUCCAGUAGAUGUACGUGACACGAAUAAAAAAAUGGAAGAAGAGCAAAACGUCGAGAUUGACCAUGAAACAUUGGCAGUGGAAAAGGAGGAAACAGCAACCUUGCCGGAAGCCGGAAACGAAAGUGACCUAAAGAACGGAGUCGAAACUACAGGCGAGGAUAGAUUCGAAACUGUAGUGGAGGAAAGCGUCGAAACGGUACCGGAAGACAGAGUCGAAACUGUGGCAGAGGACAGAAUUGAAACUGUAGCACAGGAGAGAAUCGAAAAUGUACCAGAGGGCAGAGUCGAAACGGUACCGGAGGAAAGAAUCGAGACUGCAGAGGAGAAAACAGUCGAAGUCAUAGCUGAGAAUAGAAUCGAAGCUGUGGCCGAAAAUGGUGUCAUCAUUGUAACCGAGGAUGCAGCCGAAGCUGAAGCCGUAGCCCUGACAUCUCAGAACGGAGAGGCAACCGAAGUCGUAACAACCAACGGUGGCAGCAACCUUCUUAUGCAGGGGGAAGAUGGAGAGACCUACAUGGUGGUUUGGGAUCCUGGCACCAACAUCCAAGAGUUCUUGGCGUGCGGAGGCGAAGGAGAGGACGGCAGCGCCGGUACUACUCAAACGUUGCUUAUCGAUCCCUCGUCUCUGCAGGCUGGCAGUGACUUGGAAAACCUGUUUCAGAUGGCCGUUGCCGCCUCCGCCGCACCUCAACAACAGAACGAGCAGUCAAAUUCAACAAUGCCAAGCUCUCCAAAAGGUGGUAGGAGAUCAUCCAAAAGUACACCCAAAGGCACACCCAUCAAGGGUUGCAAACCCAAGAUAAAACCAAUAGAAGAAUUGCUGAACAAACAUGGAGACGCUGUUGGGAAAGAACUAGCAGAGAAUACAGUAGUAUGGUCGGUUUCAAACUCUACACUGUUCUUACCGGGAGCCGUGAUUGAGUCGUCGAAUGUCGACACGUUGACCCUCCUUGCAUUCGACGUUGAGCGCCCCGAUAAUCAACGCAAAUACCGACGCAAUCGAGUGAUUUCAGCCUUUCACCAUCAACUCAAUCUUGAACUUCUGGCAUUUGGCAGGACCAAAAAUAAGGCAGCUGUCUGCAAAAAACUCGACCUCGCUUUCGAGCACGCGUCUAACUUUGUUGGAUUACGUAGUAAAACGAAUUUUAAUGAACUCACUGCCCGGCAAUAUAUAACCGCCUGCCAUCGCUCUCCCGUGAAGCUGUUUUCUGAACGCUAUUUAACGUCAUCCCCAUUGGAUGAGAUUCGGGGUCUUCCCGAACCACUGGACGACUCUGACUCAUCAGAAGAGGUGGUUUUAGAUACGAGUGAGUCAGGUAGGGGACGACAAAUUGUGGACAUCAUGUUGGAAGAACACGUCUUGACAGAUUCCUGCCUCCAGCAUUUAGCGGGUUGUGUUACGGCGCCUUCACAAGAACAAGCCUUUAGAGUAAACCUGUACAACUCGCAAAGUUGGCAGCGGUUGACGCAGUCCGCUACUACGUCUGGCAUUCUGGGAAACUCACGCGAGUUGUACAGCAAGUUGGCAGACUUCCUUACUGAAAACGUUCAUCGCGUUCAAGAACUACAGGAAGGAAAGGAUCGUAAACGAGCUUUUAUUCUAGAUUUGCUACUGCCAGAGGCCUUGAUUUAUGGUGUCCAGAAAACAUUCCAUGUCACAUAUCAAGAAGCCAAGAAUAUUGUAGUUUACGGUAUAAAAGAUCAUGAUAAAUAUCAUGAUAUAGCCACCUAAAGAUUAAUCUACAGUUUUGCAUGAAAUUUUGGUAACAUACAUUGAUCUUUAAUAUCUUGACUGUAUCACUGUCUGAAAUCUUAUCUAUUCAAGUGCCUAUACAUGGUAAUUUGCAUAACAAUAAAUUUUCAAUGAUGAUGGG